AUGGUAGUCCCUUUUUCUAGAUAUUUGGCAAUUGCGUUGAACAGUUACUACUGUAUGAGAAAAAAGAAGAAUAUUACUUAUUGUGAAAAUGGGAAGGUAGAAGAAAGAGUAUACUUUUUUGGAGAUAGAAAGUCGUUAAUUAAAGACACAAUGCAAAAUGGGGAGGUACCUUUUUUUUCAAAAAAUAAUAUAAAAGUAAAAAAAAUAUCCUUUGGCAAUUGUAUAGGCAGUUGCAUAGCCGAAAAUGAUGAUAUUUACAUAUGGGGAUCAUAUGAAGAUGAUGAAAAGAAAGAUCUCAUUUAUGUAAAUCCAAUAAAAUUAAACACAGAUGAAGGGAUUUGUGACAUACAGUUUUCAAAUAACGACAUAUACCUAAUGAAUAAAAAAGGAGAACUAAAAAUUAUUAAAAGUUAUAAAAACUGUUUAAAAAGGAAUGAAUUUGUAAUUGAAGAUUUUUAUAAAUGUAAAAAUAGUUUUUUUUUUCAAAAUGAAAAAAUAAUUAAGUUAAGUGUGAAUAAAUUUCACCUUGCUUUUGUCACAAAUAAGGGAAAUGUUUACUGUUCAGGAAAUAAUUUUUAUGGACAGUGUGCAAAGGAGCCAUCGUUUAGAAAUAACUUCAACUUAAAUUACAAUUUUGAAUUUGCCAAUAAAUUAAAUACAUCGUUACGUAUGAUUAGCAAGAACAGUUUAGGAGAAAUUGUUCAAAAUGGAGAAAACAACCCAAGUGAACAUAUUCAAACGGAGUAUUAUUCCCCCAAUAGUUACUCCUUGACGGUGAAGGGUGAAGAAAAUUCUGUUAAAUCCAAAAGAAUCGAUAUGGAUGAUGGAAUAAUUGUUUCUAAUGUAAAGGAUGAAAAAAAUGAAAGAGUGAAUAUAUCUCCAUACAACACAACUGAUGUGGGUCAUUUUACUAAACCAGGGUUAAACGAUAGUAGCAAUUUUUUAUCUCAAACGAAUAUACAUAGUGAGAGAGGGGGAAAACAAGAAGAGGAAGGGGAAAACAUGAAUUAUUUGAUUGUAAAUAAUGAAUCGUACAAUUAUGAUGAAAAUAAUUAUGUUGACAUUAAUAAAGUAUCAUUUGAAGAAAAAACAAAAAUUGUUGAUGUGUCAUGUGGUCUACAUCAUACAUUAUGUCUGGAUGAUGAAAACAAUAUUUACAGUUUUGGAGAUGAUAGUAAAAUUCAAUUAGGGUUGGGAGAAAGUAGAACAAAUAAAAAUUCUCUUUCAGGAACUCAAUGGAAAGAUCAGUUAAAACUUGGCUACUCAACAAUAACAAAAAAUUUGGCGAAUUAUUCUUUUUAUGAUAGACACAUACAGAGUAGUCCACAAAAAGUUUUAAAAAAAAUGAAUGAUAAUGAAAUUGUUGAUGAGAUUUAUAAAAUUAAUGCUGGAUCAGAUUUCUCUAUGAUACAUUCAAAUGAUAAAUUUGGAAAACAAUUAUUCUGUUUCGGAGAUAAUAUGUAUUUUCAAUGUGGUCGACAUUUAGGUAAACAUCAGCAGACAUUAUCUACUGUAAAACUUCCAAAUAACAAAAUAAAAGACUUUUCAUGUGGUGAUAAACAUUGUUUAUUAAUUUUGAAUGAUAAACUCUAUGGGUGGGGGUACAACAACAAGCAUCAAAUAUCUCCAUAUAAAAAUAAAGGUAUAAUUAACAAUCCUAUAUAUAUAUUUUCUGAAAAGUACUAUCCUGACAAUUUCCAUAUUAAAUAUAUGAAUGCCAAUUACAACAAUUCAGCUGUUGUCAUUACGCAUAGUAAAUCAGGUUAG